AUGAAAAAAGAAUCCAAAAAACAAAUUCUAGCUAAAUUAAUGCAAAAAGUCCCACUUAUACGCGAACAUAAACUUAAGUUAGGCUAUUUUGUUAGACAACCUUUUACAUAAAGUCCUAUUCAUGUCACACCAUCAAAAUAAACAGAAAUUAUUACUGACACCUCAACUAACUAUCAAUUGAUACCAGGAUUCAAGAUUAAUAAUUAAUCUACUUAUAAAUUAUAUGGCAGUUCUGGCAGGAAGAAUCAGGAUAAAUCUUGUUCAAUCACUAAGUUUUAGACAUAGCCAUCAUUUUCCCUAAAUUCAACUAUCUCUAGAAUUUAUUUGUCUCCCAGACCACCCAUAAAAACAAUAAAGUAUAAAAGAUAUGCAGAAACAUCAUAAACUUUUAGAAAAAAAACUCCUCGGAAAAUAAUGGUUUUGUAAUCUAACAAAUAAGAAUGCUACCAUUAACCAUCUUAGUGGAAUAUAGAGAGAUGGGAUACUAAUGAUGAUAAAAAUGAAAACAAAUCAUUUAUUUUUUGA